AACCGACGUCCAAGUUCUUCAACCGCAGAACUGUAAAGGGAUUUCAAGUAGCAUACGUGGUGUUCAAGAAACCAACGGGUGUCCAGGCAGCCAAGGCUCUGUCACAGGAUGGUCCCUUGCUCAUAUCAACAGAGAGCCACCCUGUGAAAACCGGCAUUAGCAAGUGGAUCGCCGACUAUGAGGCCUCUGUCGUGAAUCCAAGGGAGUUGAAGGCUGAGGUGGACACCUUCAUGCAAGACUAUGACAAAAGGAUGGCAGAGGAAGAAGCCAAGGCGGCCAAGGAGGAGGGUGUUCCAGACAAGGAGGGCUGGGUGAAGGUGACGCGCAAGGGCCGGAAGCCUGGCCUGCCCCGCACAGAGGCUGCCAAUCUGCGGCUGCUGGAGAGGGAGAAGCAGAAAAGGGCCCGCAAGGAGCUGCUCAACUUCUAUGCCUGGCAACAUCGCGAGACCAAGAGAGAGCACAUAGCCCAGUUGAGGAAGAAGUUUGAGGAGGACAAGCAGAGAAUCGCCCUGAUGCGAGCCCAGCGCAAGUUUCGGCCAUACUAAGUCGUGCUGAGCUAUUCCUCAGGUGCCUGUGAUGGAGAGGGUGGGAGAGAUGCCUAUGGACUCCAUUUGCCAAAGGAUUUUGAGGCAGCUUCAGGUUGUCUCAGCGCUCAGAUAUGAAAUGAGAGAUCCCAGCAACUGCUACAGGAGGGGAGUUCCCUUUACUGGCACCGGUAUCCUCCUGCUCUCCUGGCUGUCUUUUGGCCCUAUGGCACCACUU